AUGGCACCGGGACUCGGCCCGCUGCGGCGGAACGGCAGGUUGCAGGCUUGCGAGGCAUGUCGCAAGCGCAAGACCAAAUGUGACCAUUCGUUGCCGAUCUGUGCUCGCUGCAGGAAGAAGAACCUACGUUGUGUCUAUGCACCUCUUCCGGCGACACGAGGAUUCCGACCGGCUCGCAACUAUGAAUCUCUGCUUCAAGACAAGCAGGGCAAGAAUCCGCCAUGUGGAUUGUUGCAAAGUUCGGUGGUAGAUCCGCCGAUUGCGGCUGGAGAUAGGUCCUCAGCGGCGCCAGGACUAGUUAUUACUGUUGAAAGCUCAGCGAUCGAGAACGCUGGUGUGCUAGCCUCUCUUGGUGACCGAGCUUUAACCAGCGGGCGCCAGCCUGACCAAGCAACCCCAGAUAUCCCAUGUGGAGAGGGACCAGUCUUGGUUAGCCACCCAAUAAGCCCUAGUCAACUUGGGUUGGGUCUUCAAGUGGUGGAGUUUGUCCAGCGGAAUUUGUCUUUGUUACGAAAGCUGGUGGUGCACCUGUAUAGCAUUAAGUACUUGCCGAUCCUUCCAGCAUCGGUCCUGCUCCCUGCAUGGGAAUCUCUUUGGCAUCUGCUGCGCGAUUUUGAUGGCACAGACGAACAGUCUAAGGCCUGCGUUGUUUCCCGUAUCUCCCACAAUUCCCACCAUCCCAUACGCAUCGCGGAGACAGCAUCGGUCCAUGACCUUCAUCAGCAUAUUGGUGGGGAAAACCUUCGCUGGGAAACAAUCGGUAAUGUCCUCGUGAUGUCCAGUUACGCGUUGCUACAUAUCCACAACCGUGACCUUGCCGCUGCAGAUCCUGAUAAACGGGAACUGAGUGAAUUACGAACAGAAUUUCAGAAAGUCACGGACAUGCUCGUGGAACUUGCCGCUCCUGUGCCGGUGUGUGAUGAAUUGGGCAUCUGUUUUAGAUAUAAUCGCUUUCUGCUUACCUAUAGGCGAUCCGUUGACAACAGUCAAGCCGUUUAUUCAUCCUUGGCUGAGCUCGUAUCUUCGAUUUACGCGGCGGGCUUUCAUCGUACCACCCCGUCAGUGGGAGGGCAGCUCGACUUCAUGCAGCAGUGGCACCGACGAUGCUUCGCCAUUGUCUACACCAUGGAUAAAACCAUAGCUACAGUGCUUAGCCGGCCGCCACUGAUGGCACGUCAGUACUGUGAUAUGGAGGCCCCGGCAGAUAGGAAUUUUGAUGGUCUGACUGCUACUACCGACAUGGAAAGUCAGUGUGAUGAUUCCGCUGAUGCGUUGGGCUUCAACGGCAAUGCGAACUGCAUUUCAAUAAGUUUCAUUCGUCUACGAUUUCUCUUGGCCGUCAUCAAGGAAGAGACUCUGGAACUCCAUCUUGGGACGAACACAUCAACUACAAUAGACAAGGCCCCAGAAUUAUUGGAAAGACUCCAAUCGAUAUGGCAAUCCUGUCCCCGCUCUAUGAAAUAUACCAGCGACAUGUGGCGAAAGCCCCUCCUGGGCCAAGAGAUUCUUACCUUGCUCUACAUCUACCUCGAUUUCCUCCACUCCAAGCUUCUAAUAUUAAGACCCGCGCAACAGCUUGGCGCACAGGGAUACCCCCCGUCUCUUGUCUUGGUGGCACAGGAGAUCAUCACGACCCUGCUCGUCAUCAACGAGGAGAGGGAACGAGUGAGAGAAGUAACAUCAGAUAUAUCACUACUGUUUCUACCGUAUGGGCUUCCCUGUGCUGAGAUUCUACUACUUGAAUUGCUCCAUCAUAAUUCCCACACCUCUGGCGGCAGGAAUACCUAUCCUAGCCUCUCGCGGGCCAAGGCAAUCCGCGAUGUAACCAUUUUCAUCUCGUGUCUGACCUGGGUUGCUCCACCAGGUAGCACUAACUCAAAAUCCUGCAAGCAAGCGCAGGCACGCCUGGAGCAGCUAUUGGACACGGUCCUUGACCCACUGAAUGGUGUGGGGGAUGCUGUCCCAGAGAGUGUAGCUCUCAGCAACCUUCCUACCUUGGAUCCCAACUCCGAAUGUAGUCCACAUCUCGAUUUCAGUUCCAUGCUGACCUGGGACCUUUCUGGGAUGCAAUGGGGCUAUGCACCUUUUGUCUAA